AUAUGUUCCUUAAUAUCAUAUCUUAUCAACGUGUAUGUUUUAUAAAUAUACGAACAAGAGCAAUCCACCUGGCAGUACCUUUCGACUAAAUGAUGUAUUGAUCAAUUCCCGAUUUCGGUGUUGCUGUUGGUGUCAAAAAAUCAGAUCCUAGUAGUGUUCAUUAAGUAAUAAAUAAAAUUAGUAAUUAUGGCCGGUUACGAAGAUUAUUCAUCGUACGAGAACAACACUUGGCACAUUAUACCGCCGGAUUACAUCCAUUUAGAGGAAGAAUACCGGACUUAUCCUCUAUUGGAUACGAUGAAAAUGACCGGGACAACAAUGGUGAAUCAACGACAACCAGCCAGUUUUGCAAUAAGUGAUAUUUUAGAAUUAGAUAGACAAAAUAACGUAGAAACGGAUACCAUAUCACCAAACACAUCUGUAUACUCCACGCACCAGGAUAUAUCUUACUCCACCAGGCAUCAAUGGCUCCAUAUGCCAGAUUCCGGUCUGGCAUCGACCCAACCGCACCUGUCGCUGCCGCCGCACCCGUCGCAACUGAGCCCCGACAGCACCUCGCCGGCGAUCAGCGAGCGCUCGAGCAUCCCGCCGGAGAGCUCGCUGCCGGAGGCGGCGCUGCACCAGGCGGGCGCCGUCAGCCAGGCGGCGUCGUCGAUGGGCACGGCGUCGGAGGGCGAGCUGGAGGAGCACGACGACGCCAAGGAGGAGGCCGACCAGCAGGUCGCCGGCCAGAAGAAGCGCAAGCGUCGCGUGCUGUUCUCGAAGGCGCAAACCUACGAGCUGGAGCGGCGGUUCCGGCAACAGCGGUACCUGUCGGCGCCCGAGCGGGAGCACUUGGCCUCGAUCAUCAGGCUGACGCCGACGCAGGUGAAGAUUUGGUUCCAAAAUCACAGAUACAAAACGAAGCGGGCGCAGCACGAAAAAGGGAUGCACGACCAGCAGAACAACCCCAUGCCCUCGCCAAGGAGAGUGGCCGUGCCGGUUCUGGUAAGGGACGGCAAGCCGUGCUUGUCCGGUAGCCAGAAACCGGAGAAUAUUAACCUGGCUAGUUCCAUGAUGAUGGGCAAUCCGGGCGCGCAUCUGCUCUACGGCCAGCCCAGGGGAGUCUGGUGGUAGGACAUAUCAAAUUUUAGGUAUAAGUAGUUACGAUUUUUUUGAUUUGCGGCCGGAAUUCGAGCGCGCGGCUUUAACACGUUCACUGCCGUGGGUCGGGUUAAUGAUGAAAUUAUAAUAGCGCGGUUAUUGACGGGGCUAUUUCCAGUGAUUUGCGGCCUCAUGAGGCAGUGAAGGUGUUAAUUGUUAAUAAAUUUUGGUGGAUAUAUUAGAUGAACAAGCUGCUGCUGUUUGGGUUUAUCAAUUUUUUUUUUCGAAAUACAUACAAUUUAGAGCGUUAUCAAAAAUUUAGAUAUUUUCAAUAAGGUAAUCAAUUUUUGCAUUGUAACGUGAUAAGACUUAUUUCGGAUCGUAUGUAUACGUGACAAAAUCGUACGAAUAUCGAUUGGUAAAUAAUACGAGGUGGGCCAAAAUAAUCUUCGCAAAUUUUUCGAACCUUAUUAAAUCCAAUCGAAAACUCUUUUAUUAGUAUACUAUUAGAUAGAAAUAAUGUCUGUAUAAAUGAUUUUUGGGCCGCUCACGUGAUUAUUAUAAUACUUUUAAUUUGAGAUUCUGAUGCGUAUCUUAGUUUCUAUAUAAAUUGAGACAAUUGAUUUUUCGUUGAUUGACGUAUAAUGUUUUAAUUAUACAGAUUCUUUUAAUUGAUAAGUAGAUAAUUUUUUAACAUACCUACGUGCAAACAGUUUUAUUAUUAAUUUUAAUGACGUGACGAAAAAUAUAUUGUUGAGAUUUUUAACGUAUAAACAUUGCGUAAUUGUAAAUCUAUGUAAAGGGAGCAUAUACAAAAAAAAAAUUUACUGAACUUUAGCACUUCUGUAGUAAUUCUAUUAUUCUAGUCAAUUGUUUCCUCAAUCGCAAUAUUAUCCACAGGAUUGUGUAAGCAAUUUAACAAUAAUUCGUGUCUUUGCUAUCGAAAGGAAUCGAUGUGUUUUAAAAUAAAUGUUGUGUAAAUAAGUAAUAAAGAGAACGUGUACAUGUGUAAAUAGUUUCAGGUAGAUUUGUUUAUAGAAUAGAUAAGAGGAAAAAAAACACAAAUACAACUUACAUAAAAAUCGACUGUGUUAUCGCACUAUAUUUGUUUUCUCCUGCUGUACAAAAAGAAAUAAUUUAUUAAAUACAAAUAAAUAACAUUCUAUUACAA